AUGGUGUCUGGCUUAAUAAAUGCUAAUCCUAUCAUCUACGAAAAGAUUAAGAGAGAGGGCCGAGCUCGCACUACGCCCACCUUCGCUGAUGACGAUGUUCCGGAACCGAUUGAUCAACAAGGAGUUUUUGAUCACAUAAGGGAUAUUAGAGACCCAGAGUAUCCAAAUUCCUUGGAAGAGCUCAGAGUAAUAACUGAAGAUGCGAUUGAACUUGAUGAUCAGCAUAGUUAUGUGGGGUAUCGCACCUUUACUCCUACACUUGAAUAUUGUGCCGUGCCGAGUCCCAUAGGUCUACGCCUACGGGUGAAACUCAUGAGGAGCCUUCCUUCACGCUGCAAGAUUUCAGAAAAGUGA